UCGCGGACGAGAAACGUUUUAAGCCAGGCAGGCCCUUAAGAAACGGGCACGUGGCAGCGAGAUGUGGGCUUGGUAGGUCCCAAGUACACGUGGCGUUCUUGGAUACAUGCCCUCGCAUGGCAUGGUGUCAAGAAGUGGCAGACCACGUGUCAUUGCAUGGGAGGGCAAAGCUUCCUCCUACAAAAAUAAAUUACAGAAAGUGCCCGGUUUUUAUACAAAUCACAAAUCGCUCCUCUUUCUUGCUAAACCUCCAAGGCCUCAGCUGCCCCAGCCAACUUCAAGUUGUGACAGUAAUAAUGGCCUUUAGGAGGAGCGGUAUGUGCGUGGGAUAUAAUGAGCGUGACGAAGGUAAUAGGAAAAUGGUGGACUGUGGUGAACUCGAGGCGGCUCAAGCGUUAGCCGGCUUAGCGCAUUCAUCCAUGCUCCCCGAUCCUUCUACAGGUCCCGGUGCAUCCGGACAUGCAUCUCCGCCGCCACCACUGCUAGAUCUGUAUCUCUUCUCCGGUGGGGCGCAGGAUGGUGAAGAGAGAGGGGAUGACCCGCAAAAAGAAGGAUUAACAUCAAGGACUGAGAUUUUGAACUCAUCAUCAAGGACGUUAUUUUCAUCGUGCGAUUAUGAUUAUUCCUCAAUCACUGGGUGUAAAUCCAGACGAAGUGUGGCAGAGGAAGAGAAGGAGGCUCAAAGGCUGCGUCGGGUUGUUGCAAACAGAGAAUCUGCUCGGCAAACAAUCCGCCGUAGGCAGGCUAUGUAUGACGAGUUGAUCCGAAAAGCAGCUCACUUGGUGUCCGAGAAUCAAAAUUUGAAGAAGGAAAAGGAGUUAGCAGCAAAAGAGUAUGAUGGUUUGAAAAGCACAAAUGAUAUGCUAAGAGCACAGAUGACUAAAGCAGUCAAGGAAGAGAUACAGGGAACACAUGAAGUUUCUUAUCCAGUACAAGGGAUGUCUUCUUCAACAUCAACAGCUCACUCCUUUUAUAACCACACUCCAGUGGUGCAACAUGGAUCACAAAAUUAUUCUAUCAUCAGCAGUGUUGGAGAGCCUACUACUCCACUUCUUGUGCUGCCAUUGCCUUGGUUCAUCCCCUUUCACUCCCCAGGACAAUAUUUCCCCCAAUCCUACUCUGACCACAAUGAAUCUUCUUCUUCACUACCUGGGAAAGAUAAGACAGGAGAUUCUAUUUCUUCAACGAAGCAUGUUCACACUAAAAUGACACUCCAUUUCCAGUCAGGUCUAGAAACCCAUCAUCCUGAGCAAGCAGACUUCAUGGCUUCAUCAAUGACCUCUACUGGACAGGUAAAAACGCAAGACUCGUCUU